AUGUGACAGCUCAUCACGAGGCAGUGACUAUUUUCACUGUCGCUGAAGCUUAAGGUGUUCAGUGGGGAAAAGUCCUUGUGAAGACUGAACCUGCUGUCUGACUGGAGGAAGGAAAGACAAAACAUUCUGUAAAGCUCCAGCAUUCCCCACUCGCUUCUCAAGCGUUCCCCUGACCCGCAGCAGCCCCGGCUCUCCCCGCUCCUGGCCGGGGGAACGCACGCCCCGUGCCCUCCGGAGUCCCCACCCCUCGGGUGCAGUUUUAAGCAGGACAGGAGCUGGUCAGGGAGAGAGCAGCGGCAGAGCCGCAGAGAGCACAACACCAGAGUGGUCUGGAAAAGAGAUCAUCACCAAAUAACAGAAGAGAAAAGGAAAAGAUAACUUGAGAUUUGGAGGUGACGGAAAAGCAGUGGGAAUGGAAGGCAAAUUUGCAUGUUUCCUCCUGGUGCUGGGAGGAAUCGUGACUGCUCAGUGCCAGGGCUUACACCUGCGUUUCAAACGGGGAGCCAGAUCUAGAGCCAUUUGCACAGACAAUUCAUCUGGAGAAAUUUACCAGCACAGGGGGACCUGGCUGAGGCUCUCAGGGAGCAGAAUAGAAUACUGUAGGUGCGACAGUGGUCGGAGCCGCUGCCACGCUGUGCCUAUCAGAGCCUGCACGAGAAAUAAAUGCUACAACGGGGGCCAGUGUUCACAGGCAUAUUAUUCCCCACAGCUCUUCAUCUGCCAGUGCCACCCACGGUUCUCUGGGAAGCAAUGUGAAAUAGAUACUGAAGUCAAGUGCUACAAAGGUUCUGGAGUAACAUACAGGGGUAUGUGGAGCAUGACAGAGAGUGGAACUGAGUGUUUAAAUUGGAAUAGCAAUGGCUUGAUGGACCGGAUGUACAGUGGCCGAAGAGAAGAUGCUGCUGAGCUGGGACUGGGCAAUCACAACUACUGCAGAAACCCAGAUGAGGAUUCCAGACCUUGGUGCUAUAUCUAUAAAGGGGGAAAGUACACCUGGGAACACUGCAGUGUGCCCUCCUGUUCAAAAGUUGGGAACAUCAACUGCAAAUCUGGAAGAGGCACAGAUUACCGAGGCAGCCACAGUGUUACCAGUUCUGGAGCUACCUGCUUGAGGUGGAAUUCUCAAAUCCUUGUCAACAAGUUUUAUACUGCUUGGAGAAGAGAUGCUUACCAGCUGGGCCUUGGCAGUCACAAUUUCUGCAGGAACCCAGACAAUGACAGCAAGCCCUGGUGCCAUGUACUGAAAGAAAAUCGGCUGACAUGGGAGUACUGCAAUGUGCCCACUUGCUCUACCUGUGGCUUACGGCACCGCAGUGCCCGUCAGUACAGGGUUAAAGGUGGCUCCUAUGCAGACAUUUCAGCUCACCCCUGGCAAGCUGCCAUCUUCGUGAAGUACAGGAGAACACCUGGAGAGCACUUCCUCUGUGGAGGGAUUCUGAUCAGUUCUUGCUGGGUUUUGUCAGCUGCUCACUGUUUUGAGGAACGCUUUAGUACAGAUCAGCUGAAGAUUGUGCUGGGCAGGACUUCCCGGGCAACUGCUGAGGAAAAUGAACAGAAGUUUCAAGUGAAGAAAUACACAGUGCAUCAGCAAUUUGACUCAGAAAAUUUCAACAACGAUAUUGCUCUGUUGCAGUUGAACUCAGAAGCAGAAGAUUGUGCUAUUGAAACAGACACUGUCCGUGCUGCCUGCCUCCCAACACCAGAACUGCAGCUGCCUGACUGGACUGAAUGUGAGAUCUCUGGUUAUGGCAAAAAUGAAGAAUUUUCUCCAUUCUAUUCAGAUUACCUGAAGGAAGGCCAUGUCAGACUCUUUCCAGCCAGCCGGUGCACAUCACAGCAUCUGGACAACCGGACAGUUACAGACAACAUGUUAUGUGCAGGAGACACAAGACACCUUGAUGAUGCCUGCAAGGGGGACUCUGGAGGGCCUCUGGUCUGUAUGAAGGAUCAGCGAAUGUAUCUGAUUGGAAUCAUCAGCUGGGGAAUAGGCUGUGGCCGCAAAGACAUUCCUGGUGUUUAUACAAAUGUGAAUCGUUACCUUGACUGGAUUCAGGACAACAUGAAACCCUGAGAAAGAAAAAUGAACUCUCCAGUGUUGUGUGCCCACAGCCCCGCAGCUUCCUGCCAGGUGCUGUAAGGAUGCUGACAGGGCUUCCCCUUUGUCCAGAUGCCUCUGACUUUCAGUACCAGAGGAAAACAAAGUGCAACGUGUGGGAAGAGCACACUGUUAAAUUGCUCUCUUUUCCUUACUACAGGUUAUCAGGAGCUAACCCUCCUUUCCCCCCACAUCCCCAAGCUUUCUCCUUGCAUCACAUCACACGACAUAACUACAAAUUAAGUUCUGGCUCGGGAGAACAAAACAAGAAAGAACACCAUGCAUCCCAUUAACAGCUAUGUUUUCUAGGGUAUGGUCGUGAACUGAAGGCAAAGGGGACAGAUUUAAUAACCUGAAGACUUCACCUCCUCUUUAAUCAGCUCUGUAUUUUGAACACGUUCCAGUCAGGCUUAAAUUCUCUCCUAAUACCACUUUACUUUGGUUAUUUCAGCUGGUUUCAGCUUGACUUCAAUAGAAAGAGCAAAGCUGUAGGUAUGGGCUGCUUAUCUGCUGCUUAUUUCCAUAUUAAUAUAUUACUUGUUUUUUUCAGUUUGGGACUGAUUCAUUAGCUGAGUCUGAGCAAAUCCAGGAUGACAUGCUUAUAAGGACAUUCUGUUCUUCCACUUACUCUUUUUCUCCUGGUGACCACUUAAGUAUUUUAAGUAUGGAAUAGGUAAAAAUCUUAACAGCAGCCUUAUCUGCUGCAGAAUCAACACAUUACAUUUUAUUAUUAUUAUUAUUAUUAUUAUUAUGCAUUUCUAUGCAUUUUCUGAAAUAAAAGAUAAACUUUUAGCACAGCAGGGCAAAACAAAGGACAAGUGUAAUGGUAGCAGUUACAGGCUCCUACUAGAUUUACAUCCAUGAGUAAAGAUCAACUAAAACAUCACAUGGCUGCAUUUGUCCUUCACAGAAGUCAGGACAGGUAUAAUCAAGUCACCAUCAAUUAGAAUCUCAGUCAUCAAGCACUACUUACUUGUAUUGUGACACUAAGUGGUGCCAAACAUGUCCUAAGAGUUAAGCCUCUUUGAGAGAUUCUCUCUUGUCCAGUUGUUUUAUGAAGUAAGAGAAAGCAGCUGUGACUACUGUUUACUAAAGGAAAUAAUUAUACUGAAGUUUUCAAGAGUUUAGCAUCAAAUGGGUAUUGUCACAUUGCAUAUGGCAUAUCUGAAGCCUUUCAAGAUCUCCAGUAACAUGAGUAACUUCUGCAGGGAAGGAAAAAUCCUUUCAAAAACAAAGGUACAAAGCCAAAGGACUGUAUCAGUACUUGAGGAAGAGGAAGGUGAAGAGGUAUCUCAUUGUCUUAAUAAUUAAAGCACAGUCCUUAGACUGCUACCCAAAACCCUACCUAGUACACAAAAAUGGUUCCACUGCAUUCCUGAAAACAGUUUCACUGAAGUCCCAAGAGGCAUUCAGCACUCCUUUUGGGAAACACCAAGAAAAAGAUACUAAGAAAUUAAUUGAUUCUAACUUCUCAACAAAGUGACUGAGUCCUGAACUUACAGUCCCAAUUGUGCAUAAACAUCUCCCUAAGGCACCUACUACACAGAAUCCAGUUGGCAUAAUUUACCAUCCUCCUCAAAUACCAACUGUAUUUCUUGCAAAACCCACACAAACCACUGAAAGGACACAGAAUACAUGUAAAAAUUAAUUUUAUUGAUGCCCUUGCUGAAGGUUACAUUUGCACUGAACAUGCUCAGCAGUAAGGCUGCCUGCUAUCACAUUCAUCCACUGCACUGGAACUUGCAAUGCCACGAGCAAGAUGCCACUCAAACACUGCAGGUAUCCACUGUAUCAAAGCAGAAUGUAUGUUAUCCUUCAUUCAGGGUCAGCUUUUUCUGUUCACAAGAUGUAUGUGCAGGAUUGCACAGCCACAUGACAGAUGCUGUAGUCACAUGUACAGCAAUUAGUGACAAGUUCUGCUACCACAGAGCAAACACACAGGCAUCUAGUGGCCAAAGAACACAUUACAGACAAUAUGGAACAAUGCAGAUGCCUCUCAUUUCAUAUUUAGGCUGUACAGAGAGAUGCAGCACAGACAGGAAUGGGCAGAUGCAGAAAGAGCUCCUGCAGAAGAGAUGGUCCCAGUGAAAAAUCCAACAUAGGCUUGAAUCCACCUGCACAGCAGUUGGUUGGUACAGGAACUGGAAUGAGGUAGGAUAGACAGAAACACUAGAAAGGUAUCAAGAUACAAUUAUCUCUAAGACCAGACAUGAGUGAGCAGGAGAGCAGCAGUAUCACCUUCAUUUCCAAUAGGCAGGCAGAGACAAAAGGAGUUUCCAACAAGUGCUGGUCUUCAUUUAGCCACAGCUUCAGCUUCCACAUGUUGUUUCCACAAAAAUUCUCCUGCCUCUCUCUCCCCUGACUGUACAAAGAAACUAAAAGAACCCCUACCUUCAAACACUGAUGAAAGAUACAGGAGCAGCAGAAUUAUUCAGAUGUCACCACCCAAGAGCUGCAAGAUGACAAGUGCUACAGUCAGCCCUUCAAAGGAUGCCAUACCAAAGAUCUGGGUGGGCCAUACCAAGGAUCUUCAGAGAUUCAAGAUAUCUGAUGACCAAGAUGCCUUAUGAAAUAUCUAGCAAAAGCAUCCACUUCUCUUCCUCCCUCUGUGGCACCAUCCCCCAUCUUAGGCUUCUUAGCUGCCUGCCCAUCCAAGGUAAGACAAGGUAUCUUUUCACCCUUUGAGGCAGAAUGGAUAGAUGAUCCCUGUGCUACAAGGAACUAUACAGCUCUCCACCCUAACACCCAGUGAUGGUGCAAGGCACCUGCUGGAUCACCACUCUGGAAUUGAAGUUUGUGGAAAUUCCAGUUUGUGUUAUCUGCAAAGGGGCAGAAGCCAAUGAAAACGUAAAGGAGUUAAAAAAGGCAAUAAAUCCCUAGAAUUUCCUGUAGGGCAGCAAAACAAAGGUGAUACAAGCUUCCAUAGCUGACUCACCAAUCCCAAGGGACCUGAACACCUUUCCCAUCUGCCACGGUUCCAAAUACUUCAGAAUCUGCUAGGUAUCAGAUGGCUUCAGGUCAACCUUGCUUUUUGCUGCUCCCCAGUACUCUUAAGCACUGGCUCUUCUGCUCAUGCUACUACAGGCAAGGGAGCUACCCUAAACAGAUAGAUGGGGUAAGAGGCUGCAUCCAACAGCCAGGGACAGGAGAAACAGGGAAGUGCUCUUCCUCACUAUCAGGAUCCUCUAGGUUCGGACUUGGAACUUGCCAGCCUUAGUCAUGUAUUUUAUCCCCUUGAAGGGCUUGUACUUCUCCCCAUACAUGUCCAAACGGUUCACCUUCAGUCCUAAAGUGAAAAAACACAGCAUCAGACUGACUGCUGCCACAGAACAGCAAGGCCUUCAGGAUAAAUGAGCAGAAGAGCAAAGAAGAGAUGCAGAAGGCAUAGGGAAAGUUUUAACAAGCAAUAAACACAACAGAGGAAAACUGCCAGUUGCUCAGAAUAAUUCUUUACAAACACAUCCAUACCCUAAAAUUCUUAAGAGGUUUGUAAGCAUGAAAUGCAUGGAAAUGUAAACAGGCUGCUUCACAGAGCAUCCAAGAGAAUCCAUGUAGCUGCAGAGGAAGCACGUAUUUUACUUGAAGAACAUGUUUGAGAUAGAAUGUACUUCAAAAGACCAGCAGAGCUACUUCAGCUACAUGCAGAACGAGCUCUGACAGAACACAGAACAUUCAGCUUCUUUAGCUGACAGUCACUUACCAGAUAUAGCUAGCUGCUGAAUUUUAAACUGCAAGUUAAUGGUGGGGUUUUCAUCUGGUUUUGAUGUCCCAGCUUGCAGGCUCAUGGUCCCCUUCAGGCUUGGCAGCUUCUGAGGGUUUAUUUUCCCCACAUCCCACGACAGCAACUUCAAGAAAAGAAAAAUGUGGCAGUGAAACACAAAUACUACUAACACCCUCUAAAGAAGAAUACUCUCCCAAUGACAGAUUGUAAUGUUUCUUUAUGUAAAAGUUCUUUGCCUUAGUAUGUUGCCCUUCAUACUGGACAGACACAUUACAGUAUUACAGAGCAGUGCACAUGUAGAAACUAGAACUACAAUCUGCCUGGACACUGAGCUUUUUGUUGUAGGGAUUAAGACAAUUUCAAGUAAGCAAGAACAGCCCAAUCUCAGCCCUAGAAUAGUUAUGGCCUUCAGUAAAGCAAUGUUCAAGGCAAUGUUAAUGUAAGCAUGAACAGCUCAAAUUCAUGUGCUGAAAACGAAAGUUUUUUUUAAAUGUAUAUAAUUUCCUUUUUUCUUCUCACCUUUGUAACUGGAUCGAAGAUAUGUGUUCCCUGAGAGGGUGUGAGGGUCAUAUUUAAGACGCCUUUUGGCAUCUGGCUAGUGACCAUCACCCCCUCUACAGUCUUCCCCAUGGUCUGUUUUGGCCCCACUGUAAUCUCGAAACGUCCUUGGGAGCUGCUGUCACGGAAGCUGAUGUUGUGUUUAACAUAGACAGGAAUUGCCACAAGACUAGAAUAAAGACAUGAAC